AUGUCGUCCUUUAAUAACGAGUCCAGCAACAACAGCAGCACCAAUGCGCAUCCGGACGAGACCUUCCCGCUGUACACUGUAUUCAAAGACGAUUCUAUACCCAUCGAGGAAAAAAUGUCACUGCUCACGCGAUUUAAAGGUCAUGUGAAAAAGGAACUAGUCAAUGAAUCGUCGAUCCAGGCCUAUUUUGCCGCGCUGCUGUUCAUCUCUGGCCACUACGCCUACCACUCAUACCCGCGCCUAAUCUUCCUAUCACACUCCUCGCUUUGUUACCUCAUCAAGCGUGUGGCCAUGCAGUCUCCUGUACAGUUCAAUGACACGCUAGUUGAACAAUUAUUGAACCAUUUGAUCUUUCAACUGCCGAACGAGAAAAAAUUCUGGUUGGCCUCCAUCAAAGCCAUUGAAGCCAUCUAUUUGGUGAAUCCGUCAAAGAUACAGACCAUUCUGGCGAUUUUUUUGCAGAGGCCCAGUGACAACCAAAGUGAAGAUUAUUUGAAUAGGAUUAAGUCCACUUUACUGACUAUCGAUGAAUUGAUCCAGAUAAACGAGAGAAACAACUCCAAUCAUUUGCAACUGCUGCGGUUUUUUAUGCUGUCAUUCACCAAUCUUUUGAACAAUAACCUAAACGAACACGCAAAUGAAGAUAACAAUAAUAUAAUAAUAGAGCUUAUUUUUGAUAUAAUGUACAAGUACUUGAAGCUUGAUGAUGAAAAUUUGAUAAACGGGUUUAUUAGUGAUUUGGAAGUAGAAAAGUUUAAACAAAAAUUUAUUAGCUUGACAAAGUCAUUAGAUCAACAUGAUUCGCAAGAAGAGAAGUCUUCAUUGUUUCACGAAGAGUACGAAUUUCAGUUACUAUUAACUGAAGCAAAGUUGCCGCAGUUAUCAAACAACCUGAGCAGUAAAGAUUCCUCGACGAAGAAAAACUACGAAUCCUUGAAUCAACUACAACAGGACUUGGAAAAUUUGUUAGUCCCAUUUCAAAAUAUCAAAGAAACAGAGCAAAAUUGGAAAUUAAGACAAUCAAACAUAAUUGAAUUGGACAACAUCAUAUCCGGCAAUGUCCCCAAGAACAAUCCCGAAGAAUUUGUCACUAUAAUGAAAGAGGUGCAAUUGAUCGAAUUGAUUUCAAGAGCCACUUCAUCACUGAGAACAACUUUGUCUUUGACGGCGUUACUUUUCCUUAAGAAACUAAUUCACAUUUUGAACGACAAUUUAUCCCUAUCGAUAUUAGACCAAAUCUUUGUCAUUUUCAAAAACCUUUUAUCCUCUACUAAGAAAAUUUCUUCACAGACUGCAUUUCAUUGUUUAAUCACUUUGAUCAUUGAUAUAAAUCAUUUCCAUAAUAAACUAUUCCAAUUAUCGUUCUUAUUGAUAAAUGAGAAGACUGUCACGCCGCGAUUUUGUUCGGCAAUACUGUUGCGAAGCUUUCUAGUCAAGUUCAACGACUCCAAUCUCUUAUUCAAUAACUCGAAUACAGUUUCGCCAACUUCCAAGUUGGAGAAUAAUCUCAUAUACAUUGAAGAAUGGUUGAAAAAGGGAAUUUCAGACUCACAAACUACUGUAAGAGAGGCGAUGAGAUUAACUUUUUGGUAUUUUUACAAAUGCUAUCCCACAAAUGCUAAGAAACUAUUGAGUUCCACCUUUACCCCCCAGUUGAAAAAGGCAACAGAGUUGGCGAUCCCCGCUCAUUUAAAUAUAAACUAUCUGGUUUCUAGAGUCUCGUCGACCGCUUCGGCAUCCAGCACUGCGUCUCGUUUAUAUUCCCAAUCGUCCAACAAUUCUUCGAGAGGAGCUAGUUUACUGGAGCAAAAAAAGAACUUCCCAAGUUAUGCUCAACCGACUAAAUCCUCCUCUACUUCUUUAGUAAACGGCCCUAUGGCCGCAGCUGGUAAUAAUGUUAUCGGCAGUAAAAUCUCGAAUAAAUUUAAAACAAAUCUAAGAUCAACAAGCGAAUAUUCAAGUAAAGAAAAUGAAAAGCGAGCAAGGCACCACGAUAGCUUGAACACUGCCACAAGCAUUGAUACGAAAGAUAAUGGUAAUCCUAUUAAAAGAAAAGUUAGUGCCCCUCCUUCUUCUUCUAUUACUACAAAGCCAACUGAAAACUACGCUAAUUUGGAUGACUUUAUGUCAAACCAAAUCGAUUUAACGGACGAAUUAUCGAAUAGUUAUUCUAACCCUUUAAUAAAAAAAUAUUUGGAUAAAAACGACGUUUCGAUAUCGUCUUCUCCAAUUUCGUUAAAAGCCGGUAACAAAUCAGGUGAAUACGAGACCCUUUACAAAAAAUUUAAUGAUGCUUCAUUAUCAAGCCAGUUCAAAGAUGUGCUACAAUACUUACAAAAGGAACUAUUAUCAGUACCACAGCAGCAGUCAUCGUCACCAUCGGCGCCAAAAUUCGAAUUUUCCAAAAUUUCAAAAAAACUCCGUCAAAUUAUGGUUAAAUCGCCACAUGAUCUUAAAUUGUUUUUAAACAUACCAAAGUUUAUAAAUGAAUUUCCUCCAAAGUAUCUUCUUGAAUUGUAUUCUAUUAAUGAUUUUGAUUACGUGGAAACAUUAAAAAACAAAAUGAACUCUGAAAGUUCCUCCGAAAUUACCAAUUUAAUUACUCUAAUCGUGGAGUUGUUCAAUUUUUUAAAUUCUAACAAUUGCCCAGCCGAUUCAAAGUUAUACUAUAUGAAAUACAAAACCAGUUUUUUUAAUUAUAACUUCAAGCUCUUAUUACAGAUUUUCCGUGAUUCAAAUAGCAAGAAUGAUAGCACUUUGAGGCCAGACAUACUGGAUUUGAUGCCAAAAAUCUCAUUGAGUCUUUUCCAGAUUUAUGGUAGGGAAUUUGAUUAUACAUGUUAUUUUGACCUAAUUUUUGAAAUUUAUAAGUUCGAUAAGGAACGUUUUAACAAAUUGUUGACUGACUUCGAUAUCGUUUCCACUAAGAUGAAAAUUUGCCACGAACUCGAAAAAAAGGACGCCAAUUUUAAGCUAGAAAACAUCAUUUCGAGAGAAAGUUCUGUGAAUUUUACGCCAAUUGAUGAUAAAAAAUUUAACAGAGGUGAUGAAUUGGAUGAGGUGGUGGACGAAAAUGAUGUGAAAAAAUACAUGGAAAUGACGAUGAUUAAUCCAUUUAACUUAGGGGGUGAUAAGACACUGGAAUUGAAAAAUAAUGUUAACCCAGAAAGGGCACCAAUCACAAAUAGUGUUGUUAUCCAUGAUGAUGACGAGAAAGAUAAAAAACUUUCAGAAAUGACGAAAAUUGUCAGUGUUUAUCAAUUAGAUCAGUCAAACUCAGUAAAUGAGGAGGAAGAUCAAGACAUGGAAGCCUCGCCAAAGUCGGAUUUAAAUUUAAGUGAAAUUUUUCAAAACGGUAGUGAUAAUGCUGGAAGAAAUUUGAAAGACGAUAAUGAGCCGACAGUUAAGUUUAGCACGGAACCCCCGAAGAUAAUUAAUGAGCCAGGGAAACGAACUGAAAAUGAAAACGAAAAUGAAAAACCUAAUUUCGAAACCAUGUCACCAAUAAAAAUAGAAGAGGAUGAAAAUGUAGAUCAAAAGCAAAGGAUCACCGUAAAAAGAGAAAGAGAGCAGGCUCUAACUGAACAGGAUAUAAAUUCUAAAAAAAUGAAAGUGGUUAGUAUCAAAAAAUCAGAAAAGGCGCGCUGUUCGAUCAUAGACCAUUUCCCAAAGGAUUCGCUGACCAUAUAUGAAAUUAGCCAUCUUUUGAUGGUUGAUUCUAUUGGUAACAUUUCGAUGGAUAUCGACGUUUAUUUCAGUCACAUGCUGAAGGCUAUAAACAGAAUCAAAAGCGGUUCGUUCACCAUGAAACAUAUAAACUACCUAAUCGAGCCUUUAAUUAGUUGCUUUCAAAAUCAGAAAAUGACAAAUUGGUUGCUAAGUGAAAACGGCUUCGAUGAAUUAUUAGCUGUAGCUAUAAUGCUUUUGAAAUCCACAGAUGACACGCCGUCGAUACCAUCAAAAAUAUCCAGUAAAUCCAUUAUUCUCGUCCAUAGUCUAUUAGUUUGGAAAAACUUCUUGAACAAAGAUAGUGGAAAUGCCGAUGCUGAUGGAGUUUCACUGAGGAUGUCAUUUGAAGGUGUAUGGGAGCAAAUUCUUCUAAUGCUUAAUAAGUUGUCUGACUACGGAAAUGAAAUCUAUAAACUGGUACAGGAGUUCAGAGAUAAUUUAAUGCUGUCGCACUACUUUAAAAAACACUCAGCAACAAGAAUUUUAAGCAUGUUAGUUACAGAAAUCGAGCCUGAUACGGCCGGUGUAAAAGAAACCUUUUUAAUUGACACUUUAUCAAAAAUGCUGCUAUCUCCCACCAUUCGCCAACAAUUCAAGAAAUCUAAUCUAUCUGAAAUUAUUCAAACGAUGAGCUAUUUCAUUACUGGGAGCGAAAACACCUCGUGGAACUUCACCAGCGCCAUGGUCUUAGCACAAUCUCUCAGACUUCUGCAAGCAGCUUCGGAUUGCACAGAACAAGAAACAGAACGACUAUUCGAUUGCCUGCCCAAAGAUGUCUUUAAAAUGAUUGUGUUCAUCGCCUCAAACGAAUAA